AAAACAGAGGUCCGGAAAUAGGUAGAGCUGCCUCACAGUAGCUUGCUGCGAUACAAUUGGUUCAAAGGCCGCGGUAGAGCGGAGAGGCCCGGAAAUAGUAUGGGUCCGGGUGCAUCGGCCAUUGAGGCUCAAACACAUAUGUAGGACGAUCGAACGAAGACAGUAUGCUCGGUUCAAAGGUGCGGAACUACUAGAGCGGAGGUCCGGAAACAUGGGUCAGAGGGCUUCGCCGCGCUCGGCAGCACCAAUGGGAUGCAGGGCGGGGCGCUAGGGUUGGUGAUAGCGAGUAGAAAAUAGAGAAUCAUAGAGUUAGGGAGCCAAGGAACCGAGAGAGCUCUGGAAAUAUGGGUCAGGGGCCCUCUCGCCCUGAUUGGCAACACCAAGAGACGGCACACGGCACUACCAAUGGCAUUCUGACCGGCUGCGAUGUGCUGCGCGCCGAGUCGUUCAAGCGAGUGCAGGGGUGCAAGGUCGGCCUUAUCGCCAAUGCCACGUCAGUGCUUCGGGAUCUCACCCACCUGGCCGACGCCAUGCAUGCAUGCGCUACAACCAACUCCCCUUCACCGUUUCAACUCGUUGCCAUCUUUGGGCCGGAGCACGGCUUGAGAGGGACAGCACAGGCGGGCAAGUCCGAGUCAGCCUCGAAGGACCCCAAGACUGGCCUCCCCAUUUUCGACCUCUACAGCAAGAACCCCCCCGCCAUAGCAAAGUGCUUCGAAGCUUCCGGUGCUGAUACCAUUGUGUUUGACAUUCAAGACGUGGGGGCUCGUUUCUACACGUUCAUCUGGACGCUCUACGACUGUCUCGUGGCAGCUGCCCUCUCCUCCUCUGUCCGGCGCUUCCUGGUCCUCGACCGGCCGAACCCAUUAGGGGGAGUGGUGGUGGACGGGCCGAUCACAGAGCCACAGCACGCCUCAUUCGUUGGCAGGAAGGCCAUCCCUCUGCGCCAUGGCAUGACAGUGGGCGAGCUCGCCCGCCUCUUCCUCUCCGAAUUCCUCCCCUCAGACGCACACCUCUCACACGUGCGCGCCUCUGGCCCUGUAGCCACCAGCCAAACCAGUACCAGGAAAUCAUCUAGCCCCACCUUCUCUCCUCCUUUCAAGCUCGAGGUGGUGGAGAUGGCAGGCUGGACUCGCUCCUCCUUCCCUUUCUUCCCCUACCCACAACCAUUCCUCCUCCCUCCGGCACUCCCCUCUCCUUCCACUGUCUCCCUGUCCGCCCCUCCUCCUUCCCCUUCCGUCACACCACUACCACCACCACCACCACUACCACCGUCUCCGUCCCUCACACCUUUACCAGUUGCCAACCAUCAGCCGAGUCUCUCAAGAGAAGCACUACCAUCCCCCCCUACAGCCACACCCUCCACUGUGUCAGCUAUACUCACAUCUGCAGCACCAGCUGCUACUGUACGAACUGCGCUACAGCCGCUGCUGUGGGUGCCACCGUCACCAAAUAUGCCCACACCUGUGACUGCGCUUGUGUAUGCUGGCACAUGCCUGGUAGAGGGAACCAACUUGAGUGAAGGCCGCGGCACGACUCUGCCCUUCCAGCUGAUCGGAGCGCCGUUUAUGGACCAUCGAUUCGCGGAGGCCGUUCGAAAUCAACUGUGUCCGGGAUGUGCCAUCAGGGAGGCUUUCUUCUCCCCUGUUGCCGGAAAAUACUCCGAGAAGCAAGUGUGUGGGAUAGAGAUUCAUGUCACAGACCCUGCAACCUUUGACCCUCUUCGUCUCGCCCUCAUUCUUCUCACCACUGCACGGUCCCUCUACCCCUCCGACUUCCACUGGCGCAACGAUAGCCCGACUAACUCUCCCAAUGGCCCCUUUUGGAUUGAUAAACUUGCUGGUAGCGAUAGUUUAAGAAAAGGUGUAGAUGCGGGGCGGAGUGUAGAUGAGAUCAAAGUGGGGUGGCAACCACAGCUCAUGUGGUUCUCGGCAAUUCGAUCACAGUAUCUACUGUACACUGACUGAUGUUUUGUAUGGUGAAUCUGUGCAGUCAAUUCAAGCCUCAAAACGCAGCAGCUAAGCCCAAGAGUAAGGUUAAGAAAAUGUUUCCUGUUCGCCAGCUGGUGCACCCACAGCAUUUUGUGCGCUUCUACCGAAUCUCCCUACCCUAGUGCACCCCGUGUCAACAAAUAAUUUGUAUAUGUUAUA